UGGAGCCACUGACUGAUGGCAAAGUGGUCCAGACUGAUGAGGCUGACAUGGGAAUGACCUAUUCAGAGCUGUCUGUGAUCGGCAGACUCAGGAAGAUCUCCAAGUGUGGCCCGUAUAGCAUGUUUUGCAAGCUCAUUAGUUCGUGGAAAGACACCUUCUCUCCCUCACAGGUGGCCACGAAAGUGAAACAUUUCUUUCGGAUGUACUCAAUCAAUAGACAUAAGAUGACAACGGUAACACCCUCUUAUCAUGCUGAUAGCUACGGUCCGGAUGACAACCGCUUUGACCUCCGUCCUUUCCUUUACAACACGCGGUGGAGCUGGCAAUUCCGCUGCAUCGACAAUGAGGUAGCUAAGAUGGAGUGAUAUGGAGGACAUCUACACAUGUAAAAGCUAUCAGAAUCAACUUAUCCUCGGUCCAAAGAUUAACCUCAGCCACUGAUGUAAUUGUGGACACUUGCUUCUCAACAUUCUUUCAGUCAGACUGUCAACGCACUGUAUCUUUCUCUAAAUUAUCAAUAGUGUUCUUCUUAGGAUGUGUAAAUCCUAAUGUCUUUAGCUACAGUAUGUAUGUUCGAAUUACAAUGCAAAUGAUGAUGUUUAUGAUUAUUAAUAUAGUAUUUGAUAAUGAUAGUUGUUUGAAAAUGAAUAGAGGUGAAAAUAGUACAUAUGGUAGAGACAUAAUCUGUGAUACUGUAAUUACAAUUUUCCUUGUGCAACUCGCCAAUAAACAACAUCAGAUCAGCUGAAUCUAUUUUACCAA